GGUGCGAAUAAUGAUUUAUUGUGACAGUAUCCGCAGCGCAUGUUAUGUCUGCUUUUUUUGGCUUCUCUAUUGUCUAUUGUGCUGUCUGUUCCUGUCACUUCCCUGGUUUCGCUUGCCGAUUUUCUUUUUACUCUAGUAACUGUCAAGCGAAAUGAUUUUUGAAGUCGUUUUCCUUUUUUGUUGAUCUGGCCGAGGACGUGCCACAUAUGUCUCCUGUUUUGUAUUAUGAGUCGGAAUGGAGGAUUCUCCUUUGAAUCUUGCCCACCGAGAAGAUAGACGAGCAGAACAACACUUAAAGUUUCGUAGAUUUGAUGAAGCUGUUAAAUGUCACGAGCUUGCAGCCAAGUACAUUGAAAAUGCUAUGACAAUUACAUCCAUUCCCCGAGCCCUUGAAUCACUUACUUUGCAGAGAGAGUUUCAUCUUAGGCAGCUGCAUAUUGUUGAACUUAAAAAGACUCAAUUUUCUCUUGUAAGGAAAGCUUUAGAAAAUAAAAGGAGAAUCAUGGCCCAUCUGAGGGAAAAAAUACUUAGUGAAGACCAAAAAGGACAAGAACCAAAAAGUCUUCAAAUUGCGAUAUAUCAAACCAUGCAGGAAGCAGAUUCAUUGUUUGUUGAACUCCUGGGUGGAACCGGCACUGAUGAAGUUGAUAGUCCAGCUAACCCGGACACAACUAGCCAGGGCCAAGAUCCAACUCCUAUAUCUAAUCCUCUUGGUAGUAAACACCCAAAAGAGGACCGUGUUGUGAUUGAAGAGUUGCACACUUUAAAUCAUCAGCUUCGAGACCUGAUCAAAGCUCUCAUCAUACAGCUCGAUGAAAGUGAACGUGAAAACAAAGCAUUACGAGGAAGAAUAACGGAACUUGAAAAUGAACUUGUGAGGAAUGCUCAAUCAAAUUGUCUAAAUGGUGCAGCAGUUGGAUUACAAAAUGAUCCUGAAAGAAAUAUCCAACCCCACACUGCAAAUGGAACCUCAGUUGGAUUGCAAGUGAUCACCGAUUCUACUGGUGGUAAUUUUUCACCUUUUGUUCUUUCACCUGUUGGGCAACUAAGUCCUGAUGUUGUUGAAGCUCGCGAGCUGCCCCCACUAGCACCUCUUGAAAUGCCAAAGUUUGACUAUGACAUGUGAGAGUGUGUGAAAGGAGCACUGUACAUUUUAAGGUAAUGUGGAUAGAAUAUAGAAAGUAUUUUCAUUUUAGCUGGUCUUUAUUAAGGGCCAUGGUACCUCACGGUACCCACUGUGUACAUGUACACAAUCUUGUAAGAAAAAUUUUAGUACCUACAAACACGAGUAAUAGAAGUGGAAACCUAUAUUCUACUGUACAUACACAUAAUAACAAUGAGAGGUCAUAAAUUUACAAAAAGUGAAAUAAAGUUUUAAGCAAACUGUA